UUUAACAAGACAUUUGUUAUCGUCGUUGCAUGGAUGAUUUCCCUCGUUUCGGUUCUCUCGAUAUUUUUUACGAGUUACGACUUUGCAACGUGCCGUCGCGACGCAGAAGUUGCUCCGAAUUGUUGGUCCGCCGAAUCGAUCGCUGGUACUUUCCCGAUUAAAUCGCGGAACCAGUCAACGAUCGUUUGUACCAUGAAAAAUAACCGAGGAAGAAACGACACUUUUAUGUAUCGUUACAGUUUGGUUAGCAGAGACAAAUAAAAAUAAAAUUACACGCGAGAUACGACUCGAGCACAGACCGCAAAAUAUAUUUUCCAUUUCGGGGUCAUCUGGUGUUACGUGAUGCAACUUCUGCUGGGGGUCCGAUGUAGCAAUAAUAAUAACUAUUACGAUGUUAUCGCGAGCUCCCGCUUCUUCUCUCGUUUUACUUCUUUUUCGUCAAAGCAUCGGACACGUUGCGCGUCCACGAACGUUCCAUUUGUGUUGUCGAACUUUGAACGAAUCUAAAGUAUCGAUUUAAACAUUCUCCGACGAAUUUCUCAACUUCCUGUCCACGCGAAUCUCUUCUCACGACGGUCGGUCUCGCGCCUCUCGUCUCGCCUCUCGUGUUUUUUCGUUUUGGCUAUCAAGACAUUCGCUAAUCUUGUCGCGUCGGUGUCGACGAGAAAAUACCCCCAGCGGCUCGUGCUAUCUUAUCUCAAUGCCGAAUGGAAAAUAAGUUAAUCGCGUAAUUCCCGAUAAACAAUAAACGGGUAAGUUUCUAACUAUAUACAGAUUGUCUUAUUCUGUUUUAUUGUUUGUUCGCGAACAAACUGCUCAGAUUGCGUACGAUUCGAUUCCCUGAUCGACGAAUAAAUUUCAUCAUCCGUUAUCGUUCGACCGUAUGCACUUUCGUUAUUUAUACACACACAAAUUGGUUGGUUUGGACAUGUGCGAUUCGCUUUCGCGAGGAGGAAAUGAAGUGGCGAUAACCGUCGCGUAUAUCGAACGCUCUUUCGAAUCGUCCGUAACGAGAUCGUAGUUCGGCUGAAACAACGAAAACUUAUCUCCACGAGGAAAAAAAUCUCCGUUCGUCGAUAAGAGAGAAUCGAGAGAAGCUGAUGGACCGGAAUCAACCGGUUACAUACUCGGCUUUGAACUCUCUACCCUUUCGGACAGUGUACGGAGGAAGCAAAAAAAGCAGAUAACAGUCGCAUGAUUUGAGAAGAGAAAGAGGAAGAGAAAAGAGGGAAGGAACGAACGAGAUAUAUCGCCGCGCCGUUCGGAUGAAGAGGGGAAUGCCAGGGAAACGAGAAAGGAACGAAAUUGAAGUCGAUCGAACGUGCAAGUCUUUCGACCUAAUCUUUCACUUUCAUUCCACCUAAUAGCGUACGUGGAUCUUCUUCCCGCACGGAUCAAUAUUAAUCUUUUUCUCAAUUUUCUAAAUUUAAUAACGUUUGCGACUCUCGACUUAACGACGAAGCGAUCGAAAAGCAUUUUAUUACCGGUGUCGUAAAACACCUUGAUUGAAUUGUGCGAAGAACAAAUUCGAUUUCUACGGCUUUGCUUCGUUUCCAGACAAUUGCAAACGAUAGACCCGAGCAGCUUAUACAGUUUAGAUGUAAAGCAAUUUCGUUGCUCGCGAGUUUAAAUUUGCAUUUAUACUCGGAAAUGAGCCGUUGCUAUCUCGCAUAUUAAUUCGACGAAUCGUCCGUGCACGCGAACAUGAUUCUCACGAGUAAGUACUCGUGUCUUCGCGAUAACCGUCUUAUUUGUACCACGCGCUCCGCCACCGAACGGACUAAGAUAACGAUUAACCAAAUUGCUAUCGUGCCGCGCGUCUUCUCUAUCGCGAGCGUUACUCUUUCUCAAAGUAUCCGGAAUCGUCAAAGUCAGUCACGAAAACUAUUCGAAGCUGUUCCAGUUCUGUUUGCGCGAGAAUAUGAAUGGAAGUCCGAGAACGCGAGAAAAUAACGAACUGGCUCGUUGCGACAUAAACCGGUAUGCAAAACGAAGACUUCCAAUUCUAUCGUGGUUGACGACGUACAAGCUCCCGUGGUUGCCUCAAGAUGCCUUGGCUGGCUUCACGGUUGGCCUCACGGCGAUUCCUCAAGGUAUCGCGUACGGUGUCGUUGCCGGAUUAAGUCCAGAGUAUGGCCUAUACGCUUCCUUUAUGGCAUCGUUCGUGUACAUUGUGUUCGGUUCCUGCAAGAGUAUCACCAUCGGUCCUACAGCCAUUAUGGCAACAAUGGUGCAACCUCUGGUAGUCGCUUAUGGGCCAGACAUAGCGGUGCUGCUAACGUUUUUAAAGGGUUGCAUGAUCGCGUUGCUCGGUCUUUUUCACCUGGGUUUUCUGUUGAGUUUCAUUUCGCUACCUGUAAUUACGGGCUUCACGGCUGCAGCUUCGAUUAACAUCGCGGCUUCGCAGUUUAAAUCGUUAUUAGGCAUUCCUGGUAGAAGCGAGGAUUUGGUGGAUGCCUUGGAUGCGAUCUUUAGCAAUCUGGAGAAAAUCCGAUAUCAAGACACGUUAUUAGGCGUUGUAACGAUAGCGGUGCUGGUCUUAUUCAAGCAUUUGCCCGGACGACGAACUGGUAAUUGGAUACAAAAAAUUGCAUGGGUCGUUACUCUGGCGCGUAACGCUAUAGUGGUCGUCGUGGGAACUGCCCUGGCAUACAUAUUCUUCGUCAAUGAACAGACACCCUUUGUGCUGACCGGGACGUUGGGAGAGGGACUGCCACCGUUUGGACCACCGCCUUUCUCGAUAAUUGCCAAUAACCGCACAUACGAUUUCAUCGAAACGACCACUGCCAUGGGGACUACGCUCUUUUUCGUUCCAGUAGUGUCAGCCAUCGAACACAUGGCCAUAGCGAAAGCUUUCGCGAUGGGAAAAUCUUUGGAUGCCACGCAAGAGAUGCUCGCUUUGGGACUGUGCAACAUGUUUGGCUCGUUCGUUCGAUCGAUGCCGGUUACCGGUUCUUUCACUCGAACUGCGGUCAAUCAUUCGUCCGGAGUGAAAACUACGUUCGGAGGUUUAUUCACAGGUUGCCUCGUGUUGCUCGCAUCCAGCUUGUUGACGUCGACGUUUCGUUUCAUUCCUAAAGCCACUCUGGCCGCAGUUAUCAUAUGCGCCAUGUACUAUAUGCUCGACUUUAAAACGUACGCUCUAUUGUGGCGUGCCAGAAAAGUGGACUUUUUCUUGAUGUUGAUUACGUUCCUGUUCUGCGUUUUUCUCAAACUCGAAUGGGGAAUCCUUAUCGGAAUAGUUUUGAAUCUGGUAAUAUUGCUGUACUUCUCGACGCGAUUUACCGUUCAAACCGAAGUCGAACAGACAGGGGAUAAAGCUUUGAUACGCGUUACUCCCGAAGAAACUAUCGCCUUCCCAGCAGCGGAGGAUUUCCGAGCCCGCAUAAUGAAACUGUCGGAGAAUAACUCCUCCAACGUUGUACUCGACUGCAAGAAUUUGAAGAGGAUCGACGUAACCGUAGCAAAGAAUCUGAAGCUAUUGUCCAACGAUCUACAACUCCGUGGACGCGCGAUCAAUUGUGUAAAUUGCCGUGAUAACGUCGAAGUUGUAUUGAAGGCUAUCGCUCCGGACACCCAAUCUGGACCAUCGGGUGAUCAAAAUCUAUAUCAUUGAGCCAUCUCGACGAUUUCGACUAUCUUUUGCCACGCCUUCGUCCCAGGGUGACAACUGCCGAUUAUCGUUAUCGCGAUACGACCUCCCCUCUACUACUGUUACCGUAAUGAGCGAUCAUCGCGAUAGAUUGUCCAAAAUAAAUAAAUAACUCUGUUUACAAAUUUCCA